AUGAGCGAAAGCACUAGGCUGAAGAGCACGGUCUACGUGGGUGGUCUCGACCAAGCCGUCACGACGGAGACCUUGGCCGAAGCCUUUGUGCCCUUUGGAGAGGUGGUCGAUAUCACUUUGCCCAAGGCAGACGCACCCAACUCUGGCGACGCCCAUCGUGGCUUUGGAUAUGUCGAAUUCGACCUUCCCCAAGAUGCCAAGGAAGCCAUCGACAACAUGGAUGGCAGUGAAAUUUACGGGCGCACCAUCAAAGUCGCAGCUGCCAAACCUCAAAAGGAUGCCAACGAGGGUCUGGGCAGCAAGACCGCUAUCUGGGAGCAGGAGGGCUAUCUGGCCAAGUACGCUGUCGAUGAGGAGGACAGGCAAGCAGCCGAAGAGGCUCGACAGGCCAGCAACCGGCCACAAGAUCCGAUGCAGGGCCUAGAGCAACUCGACGUUGCAGGACCCAAGCCCGAAUGA